UGUUCUGUUUACUCGAAAUCUGAUCCAAAAAAAUUUUGAAUACCCAACUCAAAUCCAAUCCGUUAGAUCCCUGUAUAUAUUUCCAAAUUUAGUCAAAAUGCAAUUUUAUUCAUUCUUUCUUGCUUUAAAGACUCAUCUCCAGUAUCACUUUACUCUCAAUCAUUUUUAUACAUCCCCCUUUCAGAGAAAAUAUUUUUAUUAUCUCAUACCUUCCCUCAUUCAACAUUUAUAUAUUCUAUAUAUUUUUGCCAUUUUUAUUUUUUUCAAUUUUUGGCCUCUUUCCUCAUAAAAAUUUUUCUCACGCAAUCCAUACACCUUUACGGAUACCUUUUUUAACCUUUUUAUUUCUCAAAAAUUUUUAUUGCCAUUUUUUAAUAUUUUAUGAUUUUGUUCUU